AUGGUCAACCUGCGAACUCAGAAGCGCCUGGCCUCAUCGGUCAUCGGCUGUGGCAAGCGCAAGAUCUGGCUCGACCCCAACGAGCAGAGCGAGAUCUCCAACGCCAACUCUCGUCAGACCAUCCGAAAGCUCAUCUCCGAUGGCCUCAUCAUCCGAAAGCCCGUCACCCAGCACUCGCGAUCGCGAGCCCGCGAGCUGAACCUCGCCCGACGAGAGGGCCGACACCGUGGCUACGGUAAGCGUAAGGGUACCGCCGAUGCUCGUAUGCCCAGCCAGGUCCUCUGGAUGCGCCGCCUCCGAGUCCUCCGCCGUCUUUUGGUCAAGUACCGUGCCAGCGGAAAGAUCGACAAGCACCUCUAUCACGAGCUGUACCACAGCAGCAAGGGUAACGCCUUCAAGCACAAGCGUGCCCUCGUAGAGCACAUUCACCGUGCCAAGGCUGAGAAGGCCCGCGAGACUGCCCUCCAGGAGGAGAUGGAUGCCAAGCGUGCGAAGAACAAGGCUGCCCGUGAGCGCAAGCAGGAGCGUGCGGUGGCGAAGCGAAAUGCCCUCCUUGCCGAGGAAUAA